AUGGCUGUGGGCCGGGCGACUCACAUGAACGGACUGAGGACGGUGGCUGCCAACAAGCUGGAUGGCUGGAUCGCAGAGACCCUGCAGCCCAGCACUGCUUUCUGUGGGCAGGUGAAGGAGACAGUGAAGCAGAUCUGUGACUUCCUGAAGGAGGACUGCUUUGAGGCGAACAUACGCGUCCUCAAGACCGUCAAGGGUGGCUCGGCAGGCAAGGGCACAGCCCUGCAGAACAACUCGGAUGCUGACGUGGUGCUCUUCCUCAACUGCUUCUCCAGCUACCAGCAGCAGAAGCAGGAGAGAAGGAAUAUCCUGAAAUUGAUUGAGAUGAGGCUGCACACCUGCAGGGAGAGACUGACAUUCACUGUGAACAUCAGCAAGCCCCGGUACAAGGGUCCCGGCAAUAUGCCGCGCUCCCUCAGCCUCACCCUCUACUCCAAGAGGACCUUGGAGUCCAUCGAGGUAGACAUUCUACCUGCCUACGAUGCCUUGGGGCAGGUGAUCCAGGACACCCCACCAGAUGCGGAGGUGUAUGUGAGGCUCCUAAAAGCCAGCAGUGACCCCGGGGAGUUCUCCCCCUGCUUCACUGAGCUGCAGAAGAAGUUUGUGAAGCGUUACCCUGCCAAGCUGAAGAACCUCCUGCGCCUGGUCAAGCACUGGUACAAGGAGCUGCUGAAGUCAAGGUACCCCACUGCAGACCUGCCCCCCAAGUAUGCCCUGGAGCUGCUGACCAUCUACGCCUGGGAGGUGGGCACAGGUUCCUCUGAUUCCUUCAUCAUGGCCAGCGGCUUCUGUACAGUGCUGGAGCUGCUGCGUCGGCACCAGGAGAUCUGCAUCUACUGGGAGAAGUACUACUCACUCCAGCACAGCCAGAUUGGUGCCCAUGUGAAGAAGCUGCUGCGCAGUCCCCGUCCCGUCAUCCUGGACCCCGCUGACCCCACAGGGAUCCUGGGCCAAGGCAAGAAUUGGGCCCUGGUGGCACAGGCAGCAGCCUGCGACCGUUCGCUGCCCUGUGUCAGUGCUGCCCAGCCCUGGGAUGUGCAGCCAGCUCGGCCUGUGACAAUUGAGGUGAGACAGUCAGUGGUCACCAGCCUGAGCAAGACUGUCAGCCCAAGCACCACCAUCUGGCAGCUGAAGGAGGAGGUUGAACAAGCAUGGGGCAUCCCCUGGUACAGGCAGUGCUUGGUGCAGCAGGAACUGAGCAGGAGCCCCUUGAUCCUUCAGGAUGAUGAGACCCUGGCCACCCAUGGCAUCUUCUACAAUACCACCCUGAUGCUGCUGCAGACCGAGCCCCAGGUAAUGGAGGUCUUUGUGAAGGAUGACAAGAACCGGACCACCACCUACACGGUGUGGCCCACUGACACCAUCCGGCACCUGAAGGAGCAGAUCCAUGCCCGGCAGGGGCCUCCUGCUGAUCAGCAGCACCUGACGUACGGCUCCAGAGAGCUGGAGGACCAGCACACGCUGGCGCACUACAACAUCCAGCCCAAGAGCACCAUCUUCAUGCUCCUGUGGCUCUGGGGUGGCGUAGGCCUCCAGCAUCCUCAGUUCCCUGCCUGCUUGCCCACCUAA